AUUGAUUUCAUUACCAUGUUUUCCUACUAUUUGAAAGCACGUUCAUUAAGGAAAAGAUGCGCAAACGCCCUGCAGAAUCCUGAGGAUACUUUAUAAAAGCUCUUGUAUUCUCAGGAAGUAUCUCAGUGCAAGUGAUACAAUGAUGAAGAAGCGUAACUGUGAAUCGGAGAAAAACCUCGGAAAAAUUGAGAAGGUCUUUGAGGAAUUUUCUGGACAUUGCCUGGAUAAUUUCACGUCAUUUGAAAAAUUUACUGAAUUUCUCCACAAACCUGUCGAUGGAGCAAGUUUGGGAGUUGGUAGGAUGUCCUUUGGACUGAUGAUGUUGAUUGAUAUUCCUGAGGAACGUUCUGGAGGUGAUUUGGACCAACGCUGGGGAAAUCCUCGAGAUUGUCGCUUUCCACUUUUCAAUUUCUUGCAUCCACUUCCACUUCCUUGGAUGGCAAUGAUUUAUGGUGUAAUGUGGCUAGGUGCUCUAGGAAUUUUCCUAGGAUACAAAUACCGGUCAUCCUGCCUCAUGUUCACCAUUCCCUAUUGGUAUAUAUUUUUUCUGGACAAAAGUCAUUGGAACAAUCACAGCUAUCUCUACGGAUUACUUGGUAUCCUGUUCACUUUUACAUCAGCCGAUAAAUAUUGUGCACUUGAUGCCGGGAGUGCAACGAAUGGCUACAAGGACUACAAAGUACCACAGUGGAAUUACUUUAUUAUCAAAUUUCAAUUCUUCAUCCUGUACUUUAUGGCUGGGAUAAAGAAAUUCUCCACAGAGUGGCUUUCUGGCUACGCAAUGACUAAUUUAGGAUACCAUUGGAUCUUUGCACCUUUUCGCUUGGUCCUGGGAGCAGAUUUAACGGAUCUGAUGAUUAUUCACUGGUUCGGAUUCGUUUUUGACCUUACAAUUGCAUUCUUCUUGAUCUGGAAGCGCUCCAGAGCUUUAGCUACUCUUGUAGCUACAGCUUUUCAUCUCAUGAAUUCCCGACUCUUCACAAUUGGAAUGUUUCCUUGGGUAUGUCUUGUAGAAAUACCACUUUUCUACUCAACCGAUUGGCCUAGAAGAAUUUUUAGUGGGAGUCAUGAACGUAAACUUGAGGAGAGACCAGAAAAGUUCCAGGCAAGUAGUAAGCAGAAAUCCAGGACAAGAUGGAUUACGUUUUACAUGGGAUUGCAGUUGUUCUUGCCAUAUUCUCACUUCAUUACAAAGGGCUACAAUAACUGGACAGAAGGAUUAUACGGCUACUCAUGGGAUAUGAUGGUGCAUUCCUGGGACACGGUUCUCAUCACAAUCAAAGUUUUAGACAAAACGAAUGGUCAGGUAUUCUAUCUUGAACCCUACGCUUUUGCAGAUAAUGAUAGAUGGACCAAACACGCUGACAUGGCCAUCCAAUAUGCUGAAUGUCUGAAAAGGGAUUUAAUCCAAGGAGCUGCAGAAGCCAAAAAGAAGGACUUUGAUCCGGAAAAUAUUGCAAUUUACUUUGAUAUUUGGUGCUCGAUGAACAAACGCUUUCAACAGAGAAUGUUUGAUCCCACUGUGGACAUGCUGCGAGCAGAUUGGUCUCCUUUCCGGAUGACCAAAUGGAUCCUUCCACUGCUUAGUGAAUUGUCCCAUCUGAGACCGAAGAUGAGAGAAAUUGCAGAGGACGUGCAGACUUGGAAUAACUUCACGGAUAUUAUGUUCAUUGCAGAUUUUCCAGGACUCCAAAUGGAGAGCUACAUUAGUCCAGAUCUGGACAAUGUCAGUAUCACCUGUUUGGACGGGAAUAUCCUUGUAACUUCUUUAGAGGCUGAGCCUAUAACUCUUCUAGGAGGACAAUCUAUGAAAAUAUCUUCAGGAAUUUUUCACAAAGUGCAAGUAGUAAGCGCUACACCUGCAUGUUAUAUGUAUAUUUAUCAAAAUCGGACAAUGAGAGAUCUAAGAGAAGAAGGAACCCAGCCACCUGAAAAACCUCUCCCACUAUUUCCAAUAUUUCAAGAAAUAACUCACAGAUGGAAUAAUUUUGUGAAAUUCUUGUCCCAUGUAGGUAAUUCCUUGCUUUAUCAAAUAUCCCGGAUAACGCAUUAAUUAAGUACUUAUUAAGUACUUAAUUAAGGAGUUUUGAAUCUGAUUUGUAAGUAAAAUACCAGAUUUAUUCAACGAGAAAAUAAAAUCUUUAUUUGA